UCCUUCCUCCCAAGUGUUGCCAUGGCUAAUAGGUCUAUCUUGCUCUGUCUUUCUCUCUGCUUUGUUCUGUCCUUCCAUAGCUGCAUUGCUAGGCAACAAGGUAGCCCUAGGCAACAAGAAGCCGGCCAAUUUCAACAACAAAAUGAGUGCGAUAUCCGGAGCCUCAAUGCUCAAGAACCCUCAGACCGUUUCCAAUCCGAAGCCGGUCUAACCGAGUACUGGGACUCAGACAAUGAGCAGUUCCAGUGCGCCGGUGUGGCCGUUUUUCGUCGCAUCAUCCAACCCCGAGGCCUUCUCUUGCCUUCCUACUCCAAUGCACCAAAACUCUCAUAUAUUAUCCAAGGUAGGGGUAUUCAGGGGACCUUGAUUCCUGGCUGUGCCGAAACGUUCCAGUCAUCUCAACAAUCCCAGGAAGAACGAGGACAUGGAGAACAAAGCCCGACGAGAUCCCUAGACCAGCAUCAGAAGAUCCGACAAUUCCGAGAGGGCGACGUUUUCGCUAUCCCGGCUGGAGUCGCUCACUGGGUCUACAAUGACGGCGAGAGAGAUCUUGUUGUUGUUACUCUGCUCGACACUAACAACAAUGCCAACCAACUUGACCAAGAUCCCAGGAGUUUCUUCCUUGCUGGAAACCCACAAGGACAAGAGCAGCAAGGGCAAGGGCAAGGGCAAGGGCAAGCCCGCAGGCGAGGAGGCCAUGAACGGCAGAGCGGCAACAUUUUCCGAGGUUUUGACCUUCGGGUUCUGGCAGAGGCAUUUGGCGUGGACCAAGAGACGGCGAGGAAGCUUCAGUGCGAAGAUGAUCGGAGAGGCAGCAUUAUCAGAGUGGAACGUGGGCUUCAGGUUGUAAGACCACCACAAGAUCAGCGUGAGGAGGAGCAAAGAGAACGCGGAAACGGCUUGGAAGAGACCGUUUGCUCCGCCAGGCUGAGAGAGAACAUCAACGAUCCCUCACGCGCUGACAUCUACAACCCACAAGCUGGACGCCUCAGCACCGUCAACAGCCUCAAUCUUCCUAUUCUCCGCCACCUUCGACUCAGUGCCGAAAGAGGUGUCCUCCACAGGAAUGGUAUCUUCGCACCACACUGGAACAUGAAUGCGCACAGUAUUGUAUACGUCACAAGGGGUGAAGCACGGUGCCAGAUUGUCAACAACCGGGGACAGACAGUGUUUGACGACAAUCUCCGUGAGGGGCAGGUGGUGGUGGUGCCGCAGAACUUUGCAGUGGUGAAGCAGGCCGGAGAACGUGGAUUUGAAUGGGUGGCAUUCAAGACCAAUGACAAUGCCAUGAUAAAUACUCUGGCAGGACGGACUUCGGCGUUGCGUGCCUUGCCCGUGGAUGUUAUUGCCAAUGCUUACCAGAUUUCUCGGGAAGAAGCACGGAGGCUCAAGUUUGAAAGGGAUGAAACUACUUUGUUCGGUGGUUCUAGGUCCGAGAGGAGGGCUUCUGUUUAAAAAUGUAAAUGUGGCUACCUACUAGUUUGUUGUUUGUUUGUUUUUGCUGCUACGUACGCAGAGAAUAAGACACAGGCAUUCAUAUGCCUUCGUUAAUGCUACUUUGUAACUAUGUAAGAGGUGUUCUUAAUUUUGAAUAGAUAAUAUAAUGCUUUAUCUAAAA